UCUCUGUUCACACAGAUAGUCAUAUAAUAUACUCGUAUUCAGAAGUUAAACAUAAAGUAAAAGUUAAAAAUACCAACGAUGGAUUUCAACCGCAUGUUUUCAGGGCACAGAUUCAUGGGCUGUUUUGUAUUAAUUGUGUUGUUCAUAGGCAGCUUGACGCUUGGACAUUUGAUCGAGAAACAAAAUUUGCCAAAUGAACCAAAUCCGGACAUUGACGGGGACAUAUCAAACACCGUGACCCGUGGGUACAGCAAAACGAACAGCUGUGAGGUCUAUUCGAUAAAUCCGCAUCUUUAUACUGAAGUGACGGACUUGAUAAUGCAAAACCAGUUGAUACUAUACAACCUUAAGUUUCCGCAAUAUGAACGAACGAAACAUACCAACCCUCUAUUGGAUAACAUGACGUUCAACUUUCAAAGUAACAGAAUGAACAGAGCAAACGGAAAGCAUGGUAUCACAUUGCUAAACCUGGACUUCAAUUUUCCAGUAUUAUCGUUAACCCUUCUCACAAUUGGUGUUAUCGAGAAACACGUUGAAAUUGCCGACAAACCAAUGCAUUGUCUUGCUGGCUUAAUAGAGGAAGAUAAAAUUGAUACAAUAAUGGCACUCCUGCUCAGAGACUUUAACACAAAUGCGACCAGUACAACGCUGGGGGAAAGGGACAAGAUAUGCCACAAGGUCAUACGGAACAGCCAGCAUGGAGCAUAUUUCACAUAUCGAUGUUGUAAUCAGGAUGCGCUGACAUCAGACGUUAUUUGUAUUGAAGACAUACAUAUUGAUGAUAUCUGGCUGUUUGUCAUCUACGUAAUGUUGGUGGCCCUCAAAAUUAUCGUUCUGUUGUUCGGACCACUUUUCCUUCCGGGCUUCGUUGGAAGUUUAUCAUUCGACCAGGUUCCGUAUGUUGUUAAAAUGAAAGAACCAUUGAAGAAGAAAAUAUAUGUCAAGACCAAGCCGACUCAAAACUUGAAACACAACGAAAAAAACAUGUACAAGUUUCAAGUGAACGAUCUCAAUACUUUUCAGAUGUGUCACGAGUCGAUAGAGAAGAUUCCUUUGGACAUGUUAGAUGUUCCACUAGAUGUAAACAUUUAUGAAUAUCAUAUCGAUGUCGAUCAUAAGAAUCUAUUAAUCGAGUCAAAGGUACCAGUUGGAUUAUUCAAAUCCAUAUAUCGUUCCCUCUGCUUGUGCAAAAUCCAAAAUGUACAACCUUUCAAAGACUGUUGCAGCGAAAGCAUAUUAGGCUGCUCAAACGAGCAAGGUCCACGUUCACCACUCUGGAUCGAUGUUUGCAAACUUCUGGGGCGUUUCUGCAUCGUCAUCCUUGUGCCCUUUCCCUUUUACAUCAGAAUCGUGAUGUAUUAUUUUACGGAGGAAAUUGAGUUGAAAUCAAGAACAAGGACAUUAGAGCGGUUGGGUCUGCAUCCCAGAUAUGAGUUUAACUUGAUGGAGUAUUUGACCCCGACUCAUCCUAUGUUAUUCGUUAUCUAUGGCUUUUACUUAAUUGCCGCUUUUGUAUUUGUAGUCUUCAGCUCCAAGAAAUCUGAAGGGACUAACACAUUAAAGAACAUUAUAACAACUUCCCUCCGAGACAUGAAAAACGUUUGUUAUUUGGAGGCACUAGGUUUUUUGGUAAGAGCAGUCAUCUGGCCAUUUAAUAAAUACGGAAUAUUUGGAUGCUGUGUUGCUUUGUUGUUCUGGCCAUUGGCUUUACCCUUUGUCAUUAUCACAAUCGCUUUCUACUGCACUCCUAUCGUCUACCUGACGUAUCGCACCCUUGUGCAUAUCAAGAACUGUAUUUUCCAUCCAAGCUCCGAUAAACAUUGGUUUGUUCGACGAGUUGAAAAGUUUAGAAGAGAGACGACCAUUGCUAACAUAAGCCAAUUCAGUUCGGAAAUCAAAUCGACAUUGGGAGAGGCGGACACGUGUUUCAAGAAACUGUUGGAUGUUGGAGGAGGGAUAUUACUUAUUGGUUCUAUAUAUGCAAUAACAAUUAUGUUCGCAGAAUGUAUUGGUAUGAUAGUGGAGGUAUCGGUUUAUACCUUAAUGGGUAUCAUCGUCAAUGCUAGCUCUGUCCUCAGAUACAUUAUGAUGUUUGUAAUGGUUGUAAUGUACGCUCAGUCUUGUUUUGCAAAUGUGUAUAAGAAAUAUCUUAAGUUGAACAAGGCACUAUUUUACGAUAUUAAGAAGCGCAUGCGUGAUCUCGAUGAGGUUACAAAUUUGCCAUCCCAUCUUCAAGAGAAUAUUGGAUUUAAAGGACAAGAGUUAAGUGAACAGGGCAAGCAUGAAAAACCAGAUAGAAUUGACGAAACGGAAACACACCCCCACUGGAUCAUCAAUGAUCUAAUUCUGUUUCUAGACUCUGAAGACAUGCCGCGCAUACCCAUUAAGCUUUUCCAGGAUGUGUGUGACAUCCGACUGGCAGGGAGUCCUGGACCCGUACAUAAGAGUCUAUUAUCAGCCUCAUGGAAACUUCUCAGUAUUAUAGUUUUCCUUCUCUUCGUGUUCGUCGUCAUAAUGACUUUUGGCAGCAUCUACAGAGUUUCAUCGACGAACCAGACCCUAGCCACACUGGCGGGUGGCAUGAUACCCUUCCUGUUCAAGCAUAAACUCAUAUCAGCAGACGAUCACUGUGAACUCAACACUGUCAGCUUCAACAAUAAAGUGAAUGAAAUCAUCGAUAACUUUUAUCAAACUUGGCCUAUGAAUGAUUUUAAAUUCAAGAUUAUUGAGGAGGAUGAAGGUAAAACAGAAAUUAGUGAAAAUGUGGAAGAUUGUACGGCAAAUGGCAUCAAACUUGAGUCCCCUGAAAGCGAACCGGACGACUCUGACAAGGGUGACAAUUUAGUGAUCAAUUUUCAUUAUAAAACAGAUGUAAUUAAAGAUUUGGAAGAUCAUACGGCAGAUGGCAUGAGACAACUUGUGACCCCUGAUGAAUGCGACGAGUUCGAUAAAGCUAAUGACAGAUUGAUCGAUGAUAGUGGUAAAACAAAAAUUAUUGAACUUAAGGAAGAUCAUACGCAAAAUGACAAUGUUGUUAUCGUGAUCGACAUUAGUGGAAAGGAACGGAAAUUUUGGAGAAACAUGAAAAACGACACCCACAAAAACCAUGAGAUGAAACCAAUUUUACAUGCUUUGAAUAGUUCAGUUAAUUGAACUAAAAUAAAGUCUGCAUAUUAUGUUCAUUUGAUAUCUAUAAGAUACAAAAUUAAGUUUAACAGACACCAUUCAUGUUAUUUCAUACACAGCUCUAUUCGAACUUUGAGUAUAUAUUUAUGAAUAGAAUUGUUUAACAAUUACAUCGAAGAAUACUUGUGUCAAACAAAUGUAUAUGCUUAUACAGGGUGGGCCAAAACCAAAUGUCAUGUAUUAUAUAUUUUAUCUAAGAGUAAUACACUUCAAAUUUUGAAGGUGAAUUUUGCACUAAACUUGUAUUUUACCUCUUUUGAAGAUGCCAAAAUACAAGUUUCCCUCCAUUUUCCACAAUUUGGAAAUUCGCAUUGACUAUUUUUGGUCGCUCAUGACACCCCUGGUGUAAAUGUUAACCUCUAGUUUUUCAAUCGAAUGGUGUCAUAUUGUUAGCAAAUGCAUGAUUUAUCUUUAAAAUGAUAUACAUUGACGUGAUUUAACAUACAUCAUACGAUACUCAUCUUUAUCGUAUGAUCUGUAAAAUGAAGCUCUCUGAUUGGUCAGUUCUCGUGCUGUACCAAUCUGUAUUGCUACUGAGAUUGUUCCCGUUGAUCAUCUCCGUCGCAAUACAGAAAAUAUUGGUACGAAGGGGACAAUCCCAGUAGCAAUACAGAGGAUCACACGAUAAAAACGUUAUUGAAUGGUUUGAAGUGUAAUACAGGAUAUAUUCUGUCUCGAUAUUCUGUAUUGGCACUUGACUACGCCUCGUUCCAAUAUGGAAUUUCUCGAGCAGAAUAUAUCCAGUAUUGCACUUCAAAUCAUUGAAUAACUUAUAUUAACCUUGUGUAUUUGUUUUAUCACCCACCCUGUGGUUUUGAACGUUUUGCUUUCUCGAAUGAAGAUGUAAAUUUAACACUAUUCUUGAAUUGACUCUACAUAUAGAUGUUUUCACAAGCAUAACGAUAUAUUGGUAUACUUACCAUAAAUAUAUUCUUCAUUUUAAUAGAUGGCGUAAUAGUAU